CCCCGGGCGCACACCGCCGGCAGCCGCCGGAAGUGUCCUCCGUUGCCAUGGAGAGCGGCAGCGGCGGCUCCGCCCCGGGACGCGGCAGGAGCGGGCAAGGCCGCGGCCCCCAUACCGGCAUGAUUUUGACGCCUGCAACCUCAUCCCACCACAAACAGAACGGGGCAAAGCUUCAUCCCGACAACCUGCUGCUGUUCCGGCAGCAUUCCCAGCCGGAUUAUCGACUCCUUGGUACCUCCAGAGCGGUGCUGGCUGCUGAAUGACCAGGAAGCACUUCGAGAAAGUGGGGAGGCAGCAGCUCCUCAGGAUAAUUCGUCAGCAAGCAGGCACCAGGGAUCAGACCGAGGGUGUUUCACCGGCCACCCUUCUCCCCGCCUUCGGAUCCGGCAUUGCCGAGCGCAUCUAUCCCACUCUGAGCUGCCAGGACGGGGUCAGCCCCUCUGUGGCUUAACCAACCCCUCCACCCACCCUUUUGGGGAGGGAUUUUUUUUGGCUGGAAAACACCGGGAAUUGGAACCGUGGGAGAUGAUUCCGAAACACCCAUCCCAGUCUGCAGAACUGGCGGUGCCGCCACGGCAAAGCUUUGGGAUACAGGAAUAAACCUCCCCCUUUUGGCCAAGGGGGUGAUGCUGGUGGAGGGGCUGCCAACUCCAUACUCCAUUCCCAGUGGGAUUGGCUCCACCCUUUGGCCAAAUCCCCGGCCAUGGCGGAGCACCCAGAGCUGGUGGCGGAGAUGCCGGCAGUGGCUCGGCUCAGCACCCCAGAGAGGCUGAAACACGCCCAGAAGCGCCGAGCCCAGCAGCUCAAAAAAUGGGCCCAGGCUGAGAAGGAGCCGCAGGGAUCCAAGGUGGGAGCUGAGAGGAGAAAGAGGAGAAGGAAGAGCGAUGCCAACGCCAAAAGGGUGACAUUCCCUGCCAGCGUCCAGCUGCUGGAAGCCGCCGCCCGGCACGACGCUGAGGAAGUCCGGCACUUCCUGGCCAGUGGGAUCAGCCCUGACCUCUGCAAUGAGGAUGGGCUCACAGCUCUGCACCAGUGCUGCAUCGACGACGCUGGGGCAGUGGUGCCAGUGCUGCUGGAUGCUGGCGCUGAUGUCAACGCCCGCGACAGUGAGCUCUGGACCCCGCUGCACGCCGCCGCCACCUGUGGCCACCUCCACCUGGUCCAGCUCCUCAUCCAACGCGGUGCCGAUCUUCUGGCCACCAACUCCGACGGCAACAUGCCCUAUGACCUCUGCGAGGAUGAGGUGACCCUGGACUGCCUGGAGAGCGCCAUGGCCGAGCAGGGAAUCACCCAGGAGAAGAUCGAGGAGGCUCGAGGAGCCACUGAGAGGGAGAUGAUGGUGGAGAUCCAGCAGCUGGUGGAAGCUGGAGCUGAUUUGGACACGCCGAGAGGGCACAAAGCCACUUUGCUCCACAUUGCGGCUGCCAACGGCUACACGGAAGCUGCCGAGCUGCUGCUGGAACACCGGGCCAGUGUCGGCAGCCGGGAUGAGGACGGGUGGCAGCCACUCCACGCCGCGGCCUGCUGGGGACAGGUGCAGCUGGUGGAGCUGCUGGUGGCCCAUGGCGCCGACCUCAACAGCAAAUCGGUACUAGAUGAGACUCCCUUGGAUGUCUGCGGUGACGAAGACGUGAGGGCCAAGCUGCUGGAGCUAAAACACAAACAUGAGGCCAUGAUGAGGUCCCACCAUAGGCACAAAUCUCUUCUCCAGCGCCGCACCUCCAGCGCUGGCAGCCGUGGGAAGGUGGUGCGGAGGGUCAGCGUCUCGGAGCGCUCCAGCCUCUACCGGCGGGAGCACGAGCGGGAGGCCAUCGUCUGGCAGCGAGCCGCCCGCCGGGACAGCACCGACGACGAUGACGACCGGCAGACUGACGCCGAGCUGCGGCGCCACACAGAUGCCGACCUCCUGCCCCACUCCCCACCCCACAACGGCUCCGCCCUCUGUGCCCAUGGCCCCAGCAGUGGCAGCGGUGCCACCGUUCACCCGGUGCCAGAUCCAGCGCCACGCCACCACCUUCCCGCCACCCUCCCUGACCUCAAGCGGCACCGGGCGGCCACCAAGCUCCAGCACCCCCCUGGAGGGGACCCAGCGACACCCACCGUAGCAGGGGAGGCCGGUGACACUGCUCUUACUGGUGUUACUGGUGGCACCGGGGAUGGCACUGGCGAGCCUCCGCUCCUCAAACUGACCGCGCCGGCCGAGGAGCCGCCAGCACAGAAGCAACGCUGCUGUAAGGUGAUGUGAGCACCCAUGGGGGACCUCUACCCCCCUAUUGCACCCAUGGGUGCUCCCCACCCUAAAUUUUUUGGCCUCUUUUGGCCUCUUCUGGCCUUUCUCACCCCAAAAAGUGCCUCUCACCACU